AUGCCCUUUAGCACCUCUUUCCCGUGUUUACGGCCAAGUGCAGACAUUGACGUUGUCCCAUUGCCAGGCGUAUCGUACCAAUUCAACAUUUCCAGGCCAGAUGGUGACGCUGUUCUGCAGGCAUUGAACAAGCCAGUAGCGAUCAAUGAAGUAGCUGACAGCAGAAAGAAAAACCGUGCCAACGAAAUUGAUAUUUCGGCUUCAUUCUCCACGUUUGAAACAGAGCUUUCAGCAGCAGGCGGCAGGAAAAAUACCUAUACGUGCCUAGUUCCCACUAGCAGCCCCGAAUAUUCGUACGGAUGCGUUGCAGUAUUGCAAAGCUUUACAGUUGGAGAGGAGGACGUUUCAUUCACUUUCAAAGGUUUAAUAAGAGCGAGUAUUUUGAAUCCAGAACUCAACCUUCACGAUCAGCUAUGGAUAAGCACCAUUGUGAUUCAGAACGAAGCCGAGCUUUUACAGGCUUUGCACAAAGAAGAUCUGACGAAGCAUUUGAAAGAUGUGCUUCAGAGUUUCAAAAAUCUGACUAAAGCCUUUAAGGUGUUCACGUCAUUUUACAAAGAAGCUAUACGCGACAGAGAUGGGGGUUCGGGUCAUUUACUACUGCUGUCGCCACUGACCAAUAUGAUUUUCCUUCGACUAAGUAGGGGGUCGUUCAUCAAAUCGUGGGACUCUUUAAAUCGGUCAUUAGAGCUUGUGCGGCCCAAAAGCACAGAGCAAAAGGACCUGGGACUACUUUUGCAGAUACUUGACAUGUCCGUUGCUAUUUUGCCUCUAGCCCACCCUGAAAAGCUACAAUUUUUGUCUCUGGAGAAACCCCAAGAAAGAUUACCGGCCUUUGUCAAUGCAGAGCUAAAAUUAACAGCUCUUUUUGACGAAAUCUACGAAUCUGUCAAGUCAUGUCAAGGCCAAUGGCGAGAAUUGACAGCCUCAGAGAAGGCUAACUUCGUGGCCUUGCACCUCAACGCGUUGCGAAAUUUUUUGGAUACUACACGUAAAUCUCGUGCUAGGCUGCGCGGAUCCGAGAUCAGCAGUCCCCCACCAAGAGCGACCACACAGUCAGUAACCGAUUCACAAGGUGUUGAAGGAGAUGAUGCUUCGGCAAUGGAAAAGUUUUUGGAGAGCUUGGAAGAGAAAGACAUUCACCAAGAUGGACGCAAAAUGCUACUCAAAGACCUCCGGAGGUUGAAGCAGAUGCAGCCACAAAACUCAGAAUAUCAGGUCCUCAAGAAUUAUUUUGAUGUGAUUAUGGACAUACCCUUCAAAACUCGUAAUUCCAAAAAUCUUCCCGUGGAUCUUCAACAAUCUAAGGAGAAGUUAGACGCGGAACAUUUUGGAUUGCACGAUGUGAAAAAGCGACUUAUCGAAUAUCUCUCCGUCAUGAAACUGAACGAAAUCGUCACAGACGCGUCAUUACAAGCGAGACCACCAAUUUUGUUGUUGUCAGGACCACCUGGUGUUGGUAAGACAUCUAUAGCAAAAUCAAUUGCGGAUGUACUGGGUCGGAAGUUCCACAGGAUCUCCUUGGGUGGUAUUUACAACGAAGCGGAGAUCAGAGGUCAUCGAAGGACCUACGUUGGUGCAAUGUGUGGGUUAAUAAUAAACGCAUUGCGCAAAAGUGGCUCAAUGAAACCGCUGAUUUUGCUGGACGAAAUCGAUAAGGUUCUGAGCCUAACCGGAGCUGGAAAAGGUGGUCGUGGCGCAAGCAUCAAUGGAGAUCCAGGAGCUGCCUUGUUGGAAGUAUUGGAUCCGGAACAAAAUUCGACAUUCACUGAUCACUACGUCGGAUUCCCCGUGGACUUGUCCAAUGUGCUAUUUUUCUGUACGGCCAACGAUUCAACUGAGAUUUCAGCCCCUUUACUAAAUCGAAUGGAAGUGAUAGAGAUACCAGGAUACACUCUUGAGGAGAAAAUCGAAAUAGGGGCUACUUUCUUACUACCAAAGCAAGUAAGACUUAAUGGCCUGCACGGUGUUGGAGCAACUGUGGAACUUACGAACGACGCAUGGAAUGAGCUUGUUGCCGAGUACACGAGAGAGCCUGGUGUUCGAGGCUUGGAACGUAACUUGGCAUCAUUAGUGCGAGGCAAAGUAGUUGAAUAUGUGAAUAAAGCGAGGGUUGAUCAACAUAAAGUAGUGGAAUCUACCGAUCUUGUCAAAUACCUAGGCUUCCCACCACAUCCAGUUUCCAAAGACUUGGUCAAAGACGUGAGGCUUGCCGAAAAGAGCGGUGUGGUGAACGGUCUGGCUUACAAUUCGAUUGGUUCUGGCGGGGUGCUCGUUUUCGAAAUUGUUCGAACGGGAACUUUGGAUGAGGGUCAUAGCGGACCCAAGGUGCACACAACUGGCAAUUUGGGUGCUUUAUUGAACGAGUCGAUCGAAGUUGCGAUCGCUCUAGUGAAGUCGCUCAGGGAAAGGAACGUCGUGCAAGGACUUAUCGAGGAUCCUUUUGAAGAGUUUAAGCGUUCAGAAUUGCACUUACAUGUGCCCAUGGGAGCAGUAUCUAAAGAUGGGCCUAGUGCUGGCCUUGCCAUAACACUGGCUCUUCUUUCGAUUGCGUUUGACAUGCCUGCUCCGAAGGAUCUGUGUAUGACGGGAGAGAUCACAUCAAGAGGAAAAGUGCUUCCAAUCGGCGGUGUUAAAGAAAAGCUUCUGGGGGCCCGGCUUUUUGGCAUGAACAAGGUGAUGGUUCCGCUUUCUAAUCGAUCGGACGUGAUAGAAUCCGUAAUGGAAUCUGAAUCUUUUCAGGAGUGUUCGAAGUCUCCAGAGUUUCCCGAACUCUCUGCAGUCCGAAAGAAAUGGCAUUUAGAGCUGCACUACGUUAAUGACUUGUCAGAUGCUAUGAAGGUUUGCUGGCCGCACAAAUUCCAGAUCAGAGGUACCAAGGUAUACAUGUUAUCCACGAUGGGAUCCACGAGACCGCUACUGUAA